AUGAGGACCAUGGGGCUGAGCCUGGGGCUGGCGCUGCUUUGCCUGCUGCGUGUGGGGGCUGAGGACCUCGGUGCUGCGGAGCUGGACAUGAGCAAGAUUGCAGGGAAUUGGUACAUCACGGCUAUGGCCACAGACAAUGAGAGCUACCUCCAAAUGAAGCAUCAGCUGAAGAUGGCGAUGACUUCCAUCGAGGUCCUGGGGGACGGUGACCUCAACGUCUCCUUUGCUAUUCCCACCCCAGGGCAAUGUAUGAGACUGGUGUCGAUCUACAAGCCAGCAGGAGUCCUGGGUCAAUACUACAGCUCUGACAGAGGCAAUAAGACAGCUCAGGUGGUGGACACGGAUGGCAAGACAUACGCAGUGGUCUUUGCCACCAGAAUGAAGGACGGGAAGACCCUGCAUGCUCUGAGGCUCUACAGCAAGACCCGGGAGGUGAGCCCCAGGAAGGCAGUGCUCUUCAGGAAGCUCGCGAGGCAGAGGAGCUUCACCAAUGACAUGAUCGUCAUGCUGCCCGCCCAGGAUGAAUGCAGCCUCGAUGAGGUGUAG